UAUCUUAUCAGCUUUAUGAAGAAUGUUACACAGGAUAAAGCUUGCUAUCAAAAUGCAUAUAAAGGCAGACUACAGCCGAUUUAUCUCACAUCUCAUUUGAACACAUACACUGUACGGCUGGUUUUUCUAAUAAAGAAAAUAAAACAGCAACAAAAUGUGGACUUGGAGUCAAUUUAUCACCAUGGCUCUCCUUGUACAUGUACAUGUAGUACUGAUGGACGGUAGUGUACAGGCUGCUACGCCUGGAACUCCAACAACGAAUCCACAUUUGAAAUUCCAUUGCAAUCCUGAUGACAACAUAAUUGUGACUUUGACUUCUGCAGAAACAUUUUAUUACAACGUGGAAUGGACAUGCAAUGGAAGUACACCCUCCGUUGUAACCGUCACUACAAACGAACAAUUUUUUGUCACCUGCAAUAAGGGAGAAAAUGUUACCGUGACGGUGUUAAUGUCAUCAUCCUCGACCCCAAUCCCAUCUGUAACACCAAUCACGAUCAUCAGGAAUGAAAAAGAAACGUUUGCCUUCCAGUGUACAGAAAUCACAUCGAGUGGUAUUGUCUUAUUUACAAACACGUCAUUAAACGACAAAAUACCAUUUGCAUAUAUGGGAACGCAGAAACCAGAAUUACAACUACAGAUGUAUGUCACGACUGCAGCUAACAAUAACAUAAUAAAAAGUAUCACGAUAGGAGAGACGUACAAGCUUCACAUUGACGGUCCAGAAAACUAUGUGGUAAUCCCGCAAAAGUGCUAUGCAGCAGACGUCAGCAGCGGAGCUACGGGUGACAGAAACGUCACGUUAUUGGAAAAUGGGUGCCCUUGCGACACUGAUAUUUUUAAAACCAAAUUUCAAAUAAACUCACAAGAUCUAGGAAAAGUAGAAGUAGAUUUUAAUGGAUUCCGCUUUGUAGGUUCGAGAAAUAUUUUUUUGGAAUGUAAAGUACACGUGUGUCCGCCGGAUGGAUGUGAGAACUCCCUACGUACACUUUCUGAGACAUCGGCGGGCUGCCAUGAUCCAUCCAAAACCGUUGCGCCAGGCACAAGGAAGCGAAGGAGCGUCAUCCAGCAAAAGUCUAUAGCAAUUGCUAGAACGGCUUUCGUCGUUCAUGAUUCAAGAAUAAUCGCAUCAUCAGCAGUUGGAAAAGAGCCAGUGUCGACACUCAUCAUUCUCUGUGGUCUCUUGUUAUGGAUAUUUGCUCAGCGAUUUCAAUGAAGCAAGUAACAGAUAAUAUAAAGCAGACAAUCAUAUGUUGAAGAUUAAUCUAUCCAUAAUAAUUUCAGCUUAUGCUUUGUGAUAUUUAUAUAAGUUUGAAUUAAAACAAAAAUAUGAUUUUUAAUUUUAAACGUUUUACUCUCUGUGUAUUAUAUUUACAGUUAGAUGUUUUAGAGGUAAAAAGAAGAGUUAUGCUUUUGAUGAUAAUUACCAUAGUAUCGCAUAAAAGGAUUGAACGGGUUUUUUCAAUUUCAUACAAGCAUGAACAUUUAAAACAAACCGUUCAAUCCUUAUAGUUACAUUCGAAAUAUUUUGUAAUGAUUUACC